GUAGAUUUCAGUGAAUUAAACAUGAUCGAAAUAAUAGGCGGUGGAGGGUUCGGUCAAGUUUGGAAGGCGAUGUGGAACGGCACACCAGUUGCCGUCAAAGUCCUGUCGGGGUCUGCUCAAUCCAAGAACGUCCCGAGAUCGGUUUUGGAAGAAUUUGCAGCCGAGAUUAAUCUUUUGCGUGGAAUGCGGCACCCCAACAUAUGCAUGUACAUGGGGGCGUCUGUCGUCCCUCCGAAUCGCGCCAUUAUAACUGAAUUGGCGGCAAAUGGCUCACUCUGGGAUGCAUUGCGUCUACCAUUGACGGCCCCUUACGUGGCCUGUGACGGCGAAGUAGCCGUAGGGACAGCUCGAGCAAUGGCCUAUUUACACGCCGGCGUUCCUCCCGUGCUUCAUCGUGACCUCAAGUCAGCCAAUAUUCUACUUGACAAAAGCUAUACGGCGAAAGUGUGCGAUUUUGGAUUGAGUCGCCUGAAAGCGCACGAACGGAGCAUGACAGGUAACUGUGGCACUGUACAAUGGAUGGCACCCGAGGUGUUGGCCAACAAAAGCUACAACGAAAAGGCGGACGUCUUCAGCUAUGGCAUCAUUUGUUGGGAACUAUUGACUCGCGAAUGUCCAUACGAAGGCAUGACAGCCAUUCAAUGUGCCUUGGCUGUCUUGAAUCGAGAUCGUCGUCCCGAAAUCCCAAAGUGGUGCCCUCAGCCAUUGCAUGCUUUAAUUCGUUCGUGCAUAAAGAAGAAUGCCACCGAGCGUCCUAAUUUCGCCCAAAUCAUACACGCACUGGAUUCCAUGCCAUAA